GAAAAAAUAGACAUUUGCGCACAACCUUGCCCCUCUAUCGCUCUGUCGGUCCCCCCUCCCUCCCAUGGCGAUCCCCUACCGGAUCACCGGCGGCCACAGCCGGCGGAGCCCGCUGCCGCUGCCCACCGCGAGGGCAAUCCUCGCCGCUGUCAUCACCGGGGCGGUCCUCUCCAUCCUCUGCGUCCUCUCAUUCACCCACUCCUUCUCCUACCUGGGGUUCCAGCCCAGGAGCGUCGACAAGCGGGAGAGCAGCCGCAAGUACCUCUACUGGGGCGCCCGCAUCGACUGCCCCGGCAAGCACUGCAGCUCCUGCGCCGGCCUCGGCCACCAGGAGUCCAGCCUCCGCUGCGCCCUCGAGGAGGCCCUCUUCCUCGACAGAAUAUUUGUCAUGCCCUCGAGGAUGUGCCUUAGUUCAGUGCACAACACAAAGGGGAUAAUUGAUUCAAGCAACGCAACUUCAAAUCCAAGAUGGGAAACGAGCUAUUGUGCAAUGGAAUCCUUAUAUGAUAUAGACCUCAUAUCGAAGACUGUACCUGUUGUUUUGGACAAUCCGCGUUCAUGGUAUGGGAUAGUAUCGAGAAGUACAAAACUAGGAGAAGGAGACGUAGUGCACGUGCAAGGAGUUAGCAGAGAUGAACUCAAAGAUAAUCCACUUUACUCAGAUGCUCUUCUUGUAAACCGCACUGCAAGUCCUCUUGCUUGGUUUAUGGAGUGCAAGGAUCGGACCAAGCGUACCUCUGUGAUGUUACCAUACACUUUUCUGCCAACUAUGCCAGCUAGAAAACUGAGAGUUGCAGCACGUAAGAUAAAAGAGAUCCUUGGUGAAUAUGAUGCUAUUCAUGUCAGACGGGGUGACCUACUGAAGAAUAGGAAAGAUAGAUUUGGUGUUGAGAGGAGCCUUCAUCCUCAUCUGGACAGAGAUACCCGCCCUGAGUUCAUCAAAAGAAGAAUCGCAAAGUGGAUUCCAAAAGGUCGCACUCUUUUCAUUGCUUCAAAUGAAAGGACACCAGGCUUCUUCUCGCCUCUAUCAGACAGGUACAAGUUGGCAUACUCAUCUAACUUCAGUAGCAUAUUGGAGCCAAUAAUCGAGAACAAUUACCAGUUAUUCAUGGUGGAAAGGUUAAUCAUGCAAGGAGCAAAGACAUUUGUGAAGACAAUGAAAGAGCUGGAUAGUGAUCUUGCCCUCUGCGACGACCCCAAAAAGAACACCAAAAACUGGGAAGUACCAGUUUACACUAGAUGACCUGCGUGAAUCUGUCAUUGACAUUAAUGGUUAGAAACGAUGACCUGCUCUCCUUACCAUGAGACAUAAUUGUCUCACAUAGACACGGCAAAAUGUUUGGAUAUAUGCAGUUGAUUACACACACUCUAGCCUGUACUGAGCUGCUGAUCCACCUGCUAUAUGUUUGUAAUAUCCAGACAAGAUAUAUCUUUGUAGUUGGGACCAGAAGAGAGAUUACGACUUAUUUUUGGUGUUGUAUACUGAUCUUGCUGGAUCUGUCAGCUAAGAAAACAAAUACACUACAUCAUACAACUACACUUUUGUUGCGUUACCUUGUUGUCUGUACUUGAUCAUUUUUUGCAAAAUGUUAUCUGAACAUGUAUAUAUUUACUUGGAAUUAUAUUGCUCCCUCUUUCCCUAAA